AUGUCUGGUUUCUUAGAUAUCUGGGCUUUGCUAUCUAGUUUGGGAGAGGAGCAGAAUUUAGACUUUCCUUGAUCCUGAGCAGCUACCUGUCCUACAGGUGUGGAUCCAUGGGGUAGCUUCAACGCAUCUUCCCCAGCCAGCUCAUGGGCCACCUGGCCCUGCCCAGCCUCAGCACCUGGGGCCAGUGAACAAGAGCCCUGGCUGGAUUACAAGCAUGUGGGGCCUUGUGAGGCUCCUGUUGGCUUGGCUGGGUGGCUGGGGCUGCAUGGGGCGCCUGGCAGCUCCAGUCCCAGCCUGGGCAGGGUCCCGGGGACACUCGGGUCCUACACUGCUGCGGACCCGAAGGAGCUGGGUCUGGAACCAGUUCUUUGUCAUUGAGGAAUAUUCUGGUCCAGAGCCUGUCCUUAUUGGCAAGCUGCACUCAGAUGUUGACCGGGGUGAGGGCCGCACCAAGUACCUGCUGACUGGGGAGGGGGCAGGCACUGUAUUUGUGAUUGAUGAGGCCACAGGCAAUAUCCAUGUGACCAAGAGCCUGGACCGGGAGGAGAAAGCACAAUAUGUACUGCUGGCCCAAGCUGUGGACCGCGCCUCUAACCGGCCGCUGGAGCCCCCAUCAGAGUUCAUUAUCAAAGUGCAAGACAUCAACGACAAUCCGCCUGUGUUUCCCCUUGGGCCCUACCAUGCUACAGUGCCCGAGAUGUCUAAUGUUGGGACGUCUGUGAUCCAAGUCACUGCUCACGAUGCUGAUGAUCCCAGCUAUGGGAACAGCGCCAAACUGGUGUACACUGUGCUUGAUGGAUUGCCUUUCUUCUCUGUGGACCCCCAGACGGGAGUGGUUCGUACAGCCAUCCCCAACAUGGACCGGGAGACCCAAGAGGAGUUCUUGGUGGUGAUCCAAGCCAAGGAUAUGGGUGGCCACAUGGGGGGGCUAUCAGGCAGUACUACAGUAACAGUCACCCUCAGUGACGUCAACGACAACCCCCCCAAGUUCCCUCAGAGUCUAUACCAGUUCUCUGUGGUGGAGACAGCUGGACCUGGAACCCUGGUGGGCCGGCUUAAGGCUCAGGACCCAGACCUAGGGGACAAUGCCCUGAUGGCAUACAGCAUCCUGGAUGGGGAAGGAUCAGAGGCCUUCAGCAUCAGCACAGACUCCCAGGGGCAGGAUGGGCUCCUUACCGUACGAAAGCCCCUGGACUUCGAGACCCGCCGCUCUUACACCUUCCGUGUAGAAGCCACCAACACACUCAUCGACCCAGCCUACCUGCGGCGAGGUCCCUUCAAGGACGUGGCUUCAGUGCGAGUGGCUGUGCAGGAUGCCCCAGAGCCACCAGCCUUCACCCAGGCCACCUACCACCUAAUAGUACCAGAAAACAAGGCUCCUGGGACCCUGGUGGGCCAGAUCUCAGCCAGUGACCUGGACUCCCCAGCCAGCCCAAUCAGAUACUCCAUCCUCCCCUAUUCGGAUCCAGAGCGUUGCUUCUCCAUCGAGCCCGAAGAUGGCACUAUCCGAACAGCGGUGCUCCUGGACCGCGAGGCUCGUGUCUGGCACAACCUCACCGUGCUGGCCACAGAGCUGG